GAAAAAUAUAUAAAUGUGUGGAUGUAGAAAGAGAGAACAAUGUUCUGUCCGAUUUUUGUAUACCGAAGAUCAACUGAAAGUAUAGAAGUGUACCAAAUUCUUGGUGAUGAAAUUAAAAUAGAUACAGCUCUACUACGCUGUAAAUUAUCGAUGAUAAUUAUACAAAAGAAAAUGAAGCUUAGCUGCAAAAAUGGAGGCCUAUCCAUUCUCUGUGUCACCGCAAACAUUAUUGGGCUUUUGGUCUCAGUUCCUGCUCAGCCAGGAUUCCUCAACAUUGAUUGCGGCGGGCUAAGAAAUUCCACUGAUUCAGAGACGAAUAUGACCUGGAUUGUGGAUGCUAACUAUGUAGAUGUCGGCCAUACAGCAAAAAUUUCUGUACCAAAUACACCAUUCCACAUGCAGUCCCUGCGGUUUUUUCCAAAAUCUCUAAAUAAGUCUUGUUACCGGUUGCCUGUGAGUCCGAACGUAAACCAUCUCUUGAGACUCUGGUUUCUAUAUGGUAAUUACAAGAAAUCCCCAAAACUUCCGAAGUUUAAUAUCUCCUUUGAGACGCAAGGACUUGUUACUCACAGGACUGAGACAAUUAAGCAUGCACAAAUCAUACAGUGGACCAGUGAAAAGAUCUUGACAAGUCCGAACGGUGUACUGUACGUUUGUUUGAUUCGAACUUCAGACGAAAUCGAUCCUUUCGUUUCUGCAAUCCAGUUGAGAAGUCUUGUGAGUGGGAUGUACAGUUUGCAAGUGAAGCCAGGCACAAUGCUGAGAAUUUUGGCCCGACACGAUCUUGGUAAUAAUUCACCCAGAUAUAUCAGAUACCCUCAAGAUGAAUUUGAUCGCUUUUGGUUGUCAGACAAUGAUUUACGUGUUCUACAGACCAGUAAUCUAAAGAUAUCCAAACGUUCGGUGGACUUCUUAGCCACGAAAAAUAAUAGCAGGAAUUUUCCUCCAACGGUUGUGUUGCAGACAGCGCUUAUUGCGGAAACAGAUACCCAGCCUUCCGUUUUCUAUCUGGAUACAGAGAAAGGCCAAAGCUAUAUUGUACUCUAUUUUGCAGAGAUCGAGGUCCUGAAUGCUUCUGAAUAUAGGAAAUUCAAAAUUGUGAUAAAUAAUGUAGUAGUUGGCAAUAUAAGCUUGGAUGCGAAUAAUAAUUUUGUUGAACUGCCCGUGGCAUACAACAACACAGGAGUGGAUGUAAAAGUUUCUCUCCAGAGUAUUCAAGAUGAGCCUGGUAAAUCUAACCGCAAAGCACUCAUUAACGCUCUUGAGUAUUAUAAAGUAGUCUACAGCGCGCCCGUAACUGAUCCAAGUGAUGUUCGUGCGCUUUUGUCAAUUAAAACCGCUUUUGGCAUGAAGAACUGGAUAUCUGAUCCCUGCUUUUGCAUUGCGUGGAAUGGAAUCAGAUGCAACGAAAACAACACUGUUAGAAUUCUAGAAAUCGAUCUAUCGGGAAGGAAUUUGUCUGGAUCGGUACCAAAUCGCAUCAGCGACUUAAUUGAAUUGAAAAGCAUUUCCUUGCAGGACAACCAUUUAUCGGGAUUUCUACCAGAUCUGUGCAACUUAGCAAGAGUGGAGAUACUGCGACUUCAGAACAACAAACUCAGCGGUAUCGUCCCAGAUUGUCUGUCCAAAUUGAAAAAUUUGAAGGAACUAAAUCUAGAGAACAAUAAUUUUAGCGGAGUUUUACCCCAAGCGCUUAUGCGUAAUAGAUUAUUGGACCUUAGGUACUCUGGGAAUCCAUAUCUCCACAACGUCGAAAAUCAAAGCCACUCUAAGAAUAACAAAAUUAAGACUGUAGUUGUAUCAGCAAUAGGUGCUCUCAUUGGUUGUUCGCUGGUAUUGAUAAUCGGCAUUAUGUACCGACGAAGAAGAUACAUGAAGAAAAAAGAUGUAGGUUUAAUAGCGAUCAUGGAACCAAACCCCUCGAGUUGCCGUUCAUUCAGUCGGCUUGAGAUGAAAACAGCCACAAACAAUUUCAGCCAAAAGAUCGGACAGGGAGGUUUUGGAAGUGUUUACUUUGGCAGGUUACCUGAUGGAAAAGAUGUGGCUGUAAAGCUUCUGUCCUCCUCCUCAAAACAAGGACUGGCAGAGUUCCUGAACGAGAUCAACCUCCUCUCCCGAGUAAAUCACAGGAAUUUGGUGUCAUUGCUUGGCUACUGCAAUGACUCGAAGGAACUUAUGCUUGUGUACGAACAUUUGGGUGGAGGAUCUCUUAAGGACCACCUCUACGGAUCUCUAUCAAACGUUUCUACUCUCGAUUGGAAAACUAGACUUCGAGUAGCUCUAGACGCAGCACAAGGGCUGGAAUACUUGCAUGUAAGCUGCACACCAAAAAUCGUUCAUAGAGAUGUGAAGAGCUCAAACAUCCUCCUCGACAGCAAUCUGCGGGCGAAAUUGGCAGAUUUUGGCCUUUCCAAAAUCAUUGGCGAUGACGUAAGCUCAAGCCACAUAACAACAACCAUCAAAGGAACUGUGGGAUACUUAGAUCCAGAGUAUUUUCAUACGAAUAAGCUAACAGAGAGAAGCGAUGUAUAUAGCUUUGGAGUGGUUUUGUUGGAGAUUAUAUGUGGGAGGAAAGCAAUUGAUCCAGAGCUAUGUGAAGAGGAGAUAAGCCUUUUGAAAUGGGUAAUGCUUCAUGUCGAAGGGAACGACGAUUACGAUGGUCCACUGACAGGCAUCAUAGACCAUAAGCUGUCUAUGUCUGAUAUUGACAUGAAAUCUCUCUAUCCUGUAUUCAGUCUGUCGCUUAAAUGCAUUCAGACUGAAGCAUCCAAGAGGCCAGCCAUAACUGACAUAGUAAUACAGAUAAAAGAAGCCAUGGAUUUAAUUAUGUCGGAAUAUUCGACUGAAGUGAUAAAUGAGCCUCUGUGUUCCGCUGAAUGUAGCUACAGCCUACUUGACGUUGGCAGAUAAUAGCAAAUGAUACUUUAGCCAAUCUCACCUCAAUCAUAACAUAACAAUCGAAAGAUUGUAUGGCUGUGAUUUCAAACAUUUAGAAGUAGUGUAGCAAUUUUACAUUCCCCUUAUGGUUAGAACAAACAGUCUUCUGAAUUACUGAAACUCUUUAAAAGGUCAUUGUUGGAACAAACAGCCUUCUGAAUCUGAAGAUUCUUUAGAAGACGUUGGUUUUGAUUAUGUUAGGGAUAGAAUUAUGUUAUCUUCUUGAUUUAACCGAUCCCGUUUUGUAGACAGAUCUAGAAUUCUUGAUUACACUGAGGCUCUUCACUUCACAAAUUUUCUCAAUAAUAUGUAUGAUUUGAAAAUUUAUUAUCUCUAAUAUUCAAA